AUGCUAGCUGGAAGAAACGGGGAGCCUUGGCCUCACCGGGCUGUUCUUGAGAACGUCCCGGAUGCGGCGUUCCAUGUCACGUACCUCGGACAGCUGCUGGGCUUGUACCUGGCGCACAGAGUGGCUGGGGGGAGCGGUUGGCAUAUUUUACCCGGAGUCAUGUUGUCAUGGACGAGCCUCUUCUCGUGGCUUGCGGUGUUCCGACACUUCGAAGUGACCAACCCGCUAUUCUAUUGGCUGCCGCUCGGUCCGGCGGUUGCGCUUGCGGCCGCCGUCUACCUCUUCACCUCUCAGAAGAAGUUGGAAAGAGAGGUGGAGGAACUGGAAGGGUCGCGGUACAACCUCAAAGGAGCUUGA